AUGGAUAAAUUUUUCGCGCUGCUCGGGAAGCGGUUGCCCUUGCCUCUGGCGACACGCGUGACAAAAUAUGUCUCCUUCGAGUUGGAGGGGUACUGCUCCCUGCCGUCGGGCUCGUACCUCGGCGGCGAGGGCGACGCGUGGCGGCAGCAGCCUCUGUCGGGAAAUCCGCUGUCGGUGGCGGUGCCAGGGUUCAACACGUCGCUUCUCUCUUCGUCCACCUCCGCUGAGGCACGAAAUCUCCUCGAAUUCGUGUCAGAAAGCUCCCUUCUCUCCAGUGGAGGCGCGAGGCACGGCGGCGUCGACGUAGCGGGCCUCGCAGAGCACGGGUUCGACCCGAGAGGCUUCUAUCUCCUCUGCUGGAAAGAAAAGACCUCCGCGACACCCAAGUUCAAAAUUCCGCUCGCGGACGCCAGACUUGUCAACAACAUCACGGAACAGGGGCCUUGCGUGUAUAUUAUCGCCAGCAACGGCGAGUACGAGUUCCAGUGCUCGGAGGCGCGAAUCUGCAAUUUGUGGCUGGACACCCUCCAGCAACUCGGCUGCCGACUUCUCAAGUUCACUGACUUGUAUCGACUCACGGAUUUCAUUGGUGAAGGAAGUUUCGCCAAAGUCUACAUCGGCGUCCACCUCUUCACAGGAGAGAAAGUCGUCGUGAAGGCAGUGAACAAGAAAAAAGUAUUGGAAAGCAAUGUCUACACAGAGAUCGAAGUUCUCCGCAAGGUCCUCCACCCCUACAUCAUUCGGCUCUACGCCGCCUACGAGCAAGAGGACUACGUCUGCCUGGUUUUGGAGUAUCUUCGAGGUGGAGAGCUAUUCGACUACUUGAGUGAAAAAGGCCCGUUCACCGAAGACCAGGCGCGGCACUCCAUGCGGCGUCUCCUCCUCGCUCUCCAGUGCCUCCACGCGAAGGGCGUCGUUCACAGGGAUCUCAAGACUGAGAACCUUAUCCUCGAGACAGCCGACAACCCGACUACCCUGAAACUGAUUGACUUCGGCCUCGCCUCCACGCUGGGGAGCCCGUCGAUGCGCAUGCGCUGCGGGUCACCGGGCUACGUCGCGCCUGAGAUUCUGCAGGAUCUUCCGUACGGCACGAAGGUGGACGUCUUCAGCGCUGGAAUCAUUCUGUACACGCUUAUCGCGGGGUUCACUCCAUUCAGGGGGGCGAACGUGAAAGAGAUUCUGAAGAAGAAUUUGAGGUGCCAGCUGAACUUUACACAUGCGCGCUGGACGAAUGUGACGCACUCCCUGAAGGACUUGGUGGCGUGGAUGUGCUGCCGAAAUGCCGAGAAACGCUGUGCGGCGGCGCAGGCUCUGACGCAUCCCUGGUUUCACAAGAUCCAGAAGCCGCUCCCCUCGUCCGCGUCGACGGCGUGCUCGUCGUCGGCCGUCCAUCAGCAAGCGAGUCCGCCGCCCACUCCGAUCAGCGCCGCGCCCAGCGAGCGCACGUCGGUCUCCACGGCCGUGGAAAGCACUCCGCAGAGCGAGAGGCCGGCGGAGAGCGCCAUGUCGCUCGCGCAGCGCCGCAGCGCGAAGGCGGGCGACGCAACGUGCGGGCUUGCCUCUCCGUGGCGCGACCACGAGGCUCACGGCGGGGCGUCGCCUCAGGAGAAGAGGACUGAGCUGGCGGCGCCGACGCGCGACGCGCGGGGGGAGAGGCCGCUGGCGAAGCCCGCGGUGUGCGAGGCCGGUCUCGCCGACCAGUCCAGGCGCCGCCUGUCCGACAACCUGACGGAGAAACGGCGGCAGUCGCGUGGGGGCGAGCGGAGUGGAAAAACGCGAGAGGCGGGCACGGCGGCAACGCCCUACACGGUGAAGGCCGAGGGGGCGACGAGUGCCUGCGGGAACGAGUAUCGCCAGCGACGAGGCAGCCACCGCUCGCGCGUAGACAGCCAGGAAGAGAGCGAACACCAGAUGGACGGCGCCGACGCGAUGCAGGAUCUCCGCCGCCGAGGGGGCGAGCCGCAGCCCGGAACGCAGCGCCAAGGCACUGUGAGAGCGACAGCAGAGCAGACAGCUCCGCGCGGCGCCCCCACGCCCGAAACGGUUGUCACCCGCGACGUUGAGCAGGGCCCCGAUGAGAUCUAUUCCUCUCUGGAGCAACUUCCGUCGUCUGUCGAGAAUCACUCACCGCACCGCGAGCCUGCGCACGCAAUGUCCGGUCGACGCCCCGAGCAAGCGACGAGUUCGCGUCGCUCGGACGCAGACCAGACGGCGCCUGAAGGGCGUGGCCCGUGUCCCGAGUCUAUCGCUUCUGCUCGCCAGCCUCCGUCUCACGAUGAUCCCCCUCCUGUUCAGUUGCCCCAGUCUGCUGACUCUUUCUCGUUUCCGUCACCUUCAACUCCUGGAGAGCCGCUCGUCCCCUCGGAAUCGGGUUCCGCCUCGGCUUCUGCCUCAGCCGCCUCACCUGACUCACCUGCCUCACCUGCCUCUGCGUCGUCUCCGUCUGCGUCAGUUCCCGGCGCCGCGUCUUUCUCCGCCGCUCGCCAGCACGAAGAAAAUCUUUUUUCGUCGCAGGACGAGGGCGGCAGCCGCCGGCACUCUGAGGCGAGCAGGCGCACAGUGGAGAACGCACAGGGGGAGGUCGACGACUCUUCGUCCAGACUAGCCCGCGCCGGCGGCACAUCUGCCGCGUCCGCCGCCACGGCUGAGCUGCCGGCUGUGGCGACGCUGGUGGCACCAGGCUUCGACACUGGGGCUGUGGAAGCGGCGCCGCUUGUCUCACCCGUCUGGAGCUACCGAUACGAGGACGCCGAGAGCAGAUCUGCAGACCGGAAGAGAGAAGAGAGUGGCCGCGAGGAAGGAGGGCGGACGCUAGCAUGCAGCCCUGCGAUGAGCGUGCAUCAGUUAAAAGAGCCGGACGGCAAGAAAAAGCGCAGAAACGGAGAGGAUGGACGAGUCGAUUCACGCAGCGCCUCGAACCACACUCGUGAGGAUGGAGGUUCUGACGGCAAGCGAGAGAGCAGCCCUAGCUUCCAUGCGACGACUCCACAGCAGGACGCACAACGCGCCGCCUCUGCUGAAGCGAGGAGCCAUUUUCCGUCCUCUUUGUCCGCCAGCAGUUCACCGCAGCACGCCGUGACUCCGCACAGGGAGGAGGCGGGUGGAGCCCAAGCCCUCAACGGGCCUCGCGCGGAGGCCGGGAUGCCACCUCUUCCGGCUCCGCCGGCAGGGUUCCCCUCCAUCAGGGAAGGAGACGUCUUCGGGCAAGCUGACCAAUCGUUCGUUCUUCCGUACGCCGCCGCCGCGAAUCUCUCGCCUGCAGCGCAGGGUCUGGCGCUCAGAGAGCAGGACAGCAGAGAGGCGAAGCGCGAGGGAGGGUCGCCGGCCUUGGGAUCUUUAUGUGACUGCCGGGGAGCGGCUAGCGAGUCAGGAAUGCGAGACGAGGCCGGGGCGUGGCUGCCGUUGUCGCGGCAUGCUGAGCUCUUCCUACCGUCCUCCGCCGCGCCUUCGGAGUGUCAGAUGCAUGACGGCUGUGCUUUUGAGCACCUGCCGUCGCUGCUCCCCAGUACACUGCUGCCGUCCUUUCUGCUUGCCCCCCCACCGGAGGGGACGAGCGCUCGACGGGCGACGGCGUUCGCGGAGAGCUCUCAAACGGACGCUCCGCCUCUGCCUUACCGCAAGGGUGCGAGCGUCGACGCCGGCGUGCAGCGGCGCUCGGCGCGCGAGGAGGAAGAAUAUCGGCGGGAGGAAAUGAUUUACAACUUGCUGCAGCAGCACGCGUUCUACCGCCAGAGUUCUGUGGACUCUGGGCGAGCGACGGGCGCCGAGGGUGCGGAGUCCGGCGGCGCAUCGGGCAUGCCGGGGGCGAUCUCCGCGGAUCAACAGGAAAGGAAGCACCUGUGGCUUCAGCAGCUCCUCAGGACCCCCGAAGGUGCGGCGCGCUUUCAGCGCUUCCUGCUGGAACGCCUGCAACUCGAGCGAGCCGGCGACCACACGCAACCGCUCGCGUCGUCCCCGCUUCCGGCUCCCUCGUCUCAAGCGCGAGACGCAUUUGGCUUCUCGUUUGCAGGCGCCGAACACAGCGCCGGCGAGAGGAGGAGGUCCGGUGGAAGAGCCCGGUCUGGUGAGGGAGAGGAGGCAGCCGGCGACCGCCCCGCGGAAGGCGACCACAAGCCGAGCGACGGGAGAGCCAAGGUUUUCGCGUCCUCUGCAACGGGGCAGAUGUUUCAUCCCUCGUCUUCGCCCCCGGUAUCCUCUGCACAUGGCCAGCUGCCCGCGCCCAGGUCUGAGUACGCAACCGCGGACUCCAGGGGAGCGCAGGGCGAGCCCCAGGGCAACGCCCACGCAGAGAAUAAUGCGGCGCGGGCUCCAGCAGCGCAGGCGACUCUCUCAGGCGCUGGCCCCGCUCAAGGCGAGCGGCUGCUCCCGCCGACUUUGCCGGGUUCUGGAGGCUGGACAGCUGAAGCAAAAGCGUCCGCGUCGGCUCUGCGCAGCCCGCAACAUGCCAGAGACGGGACGAAAACGUCUCAGCUGGGGGUGCCGUUUGGGAGCGUAGGCAUCGUCUCGCUGGAGGGCAGCUGUCUUCCAGCGACUAAGGAUCGCUCGCCUCCCGGGUCGCCUUCAACCCGAGCCUCGGCCGACAUGCACUCCCCUGAUCAGAGCCCCCACGCCGCGCCUCCGCCGGCGCCGCAGCCAGGCGAGAAGGAGGCGGAGGGGGCAGCGCCUUCCGACGAGUCUGUGGGGCGCCAGGAGCUCCGACACGCGGGAGGACAGGGCGCGCCACCGAAGCAGAUGUCGUCAGUGGUAGGUGAUUCGUCCUUCUUGGCUGCGUGCGCAACGGGAGUCAUCAAGGACUCGCGCAAGCCCAAGCGGAGCGCCCGAGAAAACAGCGGAAAGUCGCACCGCACCGGCUCGCCGGGAGACGAUCACCAGCGGAAACUCGCAGGCGACUCACGGAGCUGCUUGAGUUCGCCGUCGCCGCGACCCCGCCCGCCGCUGCCCCCCCCGUCUCCUCUGGCGCACGCGGACUUCCUCAAGGCCACAGCUUCCAGAGGCAGAGGACACGAGGCCGAGCCAGCCAAGAGUCCACCAGAAACACCUGGGCGCCCAGCGACGCGCUCGCCGCCGCUGACGGCUGCCGUGCCUGGCGCGCCGCAGCCCUCUCCGUCGACGAUGGACAGGUGCGCAGAGAGUGGCUGCCCAGGCGGGUCAGCUGCCCAAGUCGCCCACCGGGCAGCGGGCAACGCAGGGACGCCUCGGCGGGGCUGGAGCCCCAAGACGCUGUGGCAGAUGGGGCGACGAAGCCGUGCCCGCAGCGCAGACAGCGACAGCUCGCGCCGCGAACGAUCCGCAACUCCCGGUCGGCCACCGGGGGCUGAGCACUUGGCCGUUGAGGCGGAGGACGCUGUCGCCCGGGAAGGGAUAGAGACGCUGCCCAUCGCAACUCGAGAAGGCCGUGCAGGCGCUCGCAGUGCGCAGCAAGCGCACAGAGGCGGCGACGGCGUUCAGCCGCUGCCUGAUGAUGCGAGGGAGACGCCUGCGCGCCGCGGCGAACGAGGCGGGGCCCCAGACUCCGGCGAUGGACGAGUGACUUCUGUGUUCAUGCGCGCCGCCGAGGCCGGGACGAGCCGGAGCGACCAUGACUCACAUGCAGCCGAGAGAGAGCGGGAAAAUGAGACGACGGGCGGAGCUGCGUGCCAAGGCCGCCAGGGGUGGGAUCGCUUUUCCGAAGAGGAGUCUGUGAAGCCUUUGUUGGCAUUCUCACGCCAAUCUUCGCGCGCAGCGGCUUCAGCAGGCGUGACGAACCCCGCGUCGCGCGCACCCCUUCCUCAGUGGCACCACCACUACCUCGUUGCCUCCGCGAUGUCGCCUUCUCUCGCGAAGCGGGCUGCGGUGGCUCAAGGGUCUGCAGGCGCGGACACGCCGGCGCUGACAGGUCUGCCCGAGGCGGCUGUCGUCGCAGGCGGCGCUUCUCCACCGGCGCAGGAGGCGGCCGCGGCGCCCUCUGCGCGCUCCGGUCAGGAGGAUCGGGCGCAGGCGGGUGAGGUGAGUGAGAGGCGCCGAGACUCAGGAUCCACCAAGGCGGCGGGUGCUGACUCCGCGCGUGCGUCCUUCGCCUCCGCAUCGACUGUUUUAGACAGGCAGCAGCAUGAGGAGAAACGCGCGUCGAGCCGGAGUCUCCGGUGGCGGCUGCGCAGGCGCACGGGCGCGAGCUCGCAAGCCUCCUGCCGGGGCGGGUCGUUGCCGCGGUCAGGCAGUUACCGGCGCACCGGGAAGGAGGUCCCGACGGGGGUGACGGACGGCGAGAGCUGCGUGGAGGCAGACGACAGGCGCUGCUCCUGCAUUUCGAGCCAGAGGUCGAGCGUGUCGUCGGCGACGGCGCUGUCGCCGCGGCGAAAGAGAAGCACCGCUGCGUUCCUUUGGUCCAACCUGAGAGGGAGCAGCGGCACUUCGAACCGCACGCCAGGUGAGGACGGCGAGGAAGACGGCAGCACAUCUCCGGGCGGCAGGAGACAGCGGCGAUCGGCGGGAUUCAAGUGGAGGUUUUCUUUCUCGUCCACCUGGUCCACGUCCUCGGUCGCUGGCGGCCCCAACACGCGGAGCGAAGGCUCGACUGCCUCGCUAGCCAAAGUCCCUCCUCUCCCUUCGCCGUGCUCGUGUGCCUCGGCGUACUCCGCGUGGGGGCCGAGCGAACGCGACGAGGUCGCGUCGCUGCGGCUAGCCCAGCGAAGCGCCAGAGAGAGGAAGACCUGCGGCUCGAAGCGGGCGGCGGACGACACAGCGAAGCGGCACGGAUUCUUGAGCGAGCUGAGGCGCCUCAGCCACCGCUCCAGAGAGGAAAAACCUGCAGUCAGGGAGAAAAGCGGAGAGAGCGUGCGGCCGGGUGCGUGGAGCUGCACCCAGGAACUCAGCGGCUCGGAGAGGCCACGCACUGACGACACGGGGCGGCAGGCGAGAGGCGGAGACGUAGAGGGGUGUCAGACCGCUCACUGGUACCCGAAGAAGUCAAGCGACAUUUCGGUCGCCUCGGCUCUCACUCUAGGGGGUGGCGCAGAGGCAGCGGCACCAGAUAGUAGGCCAUCUGCGCAGGGCCGCGCAGAGGCGGACACGAAAGACGAUUCGCUCUCGCAGUCAGCAGCCGCGUCGGUCACGGCUGCGGAGGGCCACGCGGCGCCCAUUUCGCCGUCUCACGCUCAGGCGUCGCGCCCGCGAAAGAGCCAGGCGCCCGCACUUGAGGCUCCAACAAGCCGGUCGGGGUCGCGGCUGGGCGAGUGCUUCGUCACGCCGCAGGCCGCCGCGAGCCACGCGCCCUCUCGCAGGGCGUCGAUUCGAACGACGUAUUCGCACAGCAGCAGCAACGCGUCCGCGGACGCGCCUCGCCGCGACAGCGGCUCCAGUUGGUACCCUUCGUCUGGUCACCGUAGUCAGGCAGGCAGCCCUCCUGCGCGCACGCGCAGCAGCGGUUCGCACCUGCACCACGGCAACACGUUUCCGAGCCGCAUCGGGGAGUUUCUUGCGUCUUCGUCGCUUCUGUCUAGACUCGCGUCUGCCGUAGGAGCCCGCGACUGGAUUGCGGGCAAGCGCCGGCACCACGAGGGUGACGACCUCGCGGAGGCGUCGUCCAAGGGGGGCAAGAAGGAAGAUCGAAAGGCGGAGAAGAGGAAGAAAGCUCGAGAUCAGGAGCAGACGAGCCACAUCCACGCCGCAGAGAGGAGCGCGAGCAACGCCUCGCAUCUCUCUUCUUCCUCUUCCUCGCGACGGGCGCGCGGGAGCGUGGAGGGCCGACGCGCAUCCGGCGCCGGGGAGAGGCGGGACUCUGCGGCGCAGGCCGCAGAGUCCCGCCUCUCCAAAACAGUGCCGGAGCCGCAGACCGCGACCCAGUGGGAAGACUGGUACGACGGCGAAGAGUUUUUCCAAGAGGCGCAGGACAUCUGGGCCCAAGCGGACGAGGCGAAGCCUGGCAUGUCCCGGGAGGCCAAAGGCGAACUCGGGGCUGUGAGCGAAGAGGAGACAGGCAAGAGCGGAGGCGAGCACGGGUGGGAGGGAGACCGCCGCCGAUCGUCCUUCAGCCCCUACAAGGACCUCAAGCCUCAGCCCUUCCCAGACUCCGCCAUUGUCGCGCAUCGACGAAGCACGGCUGCGACAACCGACCUAUGCUCGUCCUCGUCGUGGUCCUCUACCGACUUCCCCAUGCCGCACGGGGCGGGCGGGGCGAAGCGAGAGAGAGACGCUGCGUUUCUCUCCUCGGCGUCGUCCUCCUUCUCGUCUUCUGCCGCCGCGCCCUCCUCCGCGCCCGUGGCGCCUCACGCGCUGCGCUCUGCAGGCAAAGAGAGCCUCCGCCGGAGCCUGGCGUCCGCCGCGCGCGCCGGGAAGGUGCUUGCCGGGAACGAGAGCUGCGACAGGCGACAGCGAACGGAUGAAGAGGGGCGAACCAUCAGCCGCGGUAAGCGAACCGUCGCCAGAGUCAGCAGCCUGGAGCGCGAGGUGGAAGGCCACCGAGGCGUGCGGCCGCAGCUGGUUGAGGAGAGACUUCACGGGGCGGCGAGAGUCUCUUUCUCGGAGGACCCCUUGGGGGCCAGAGAGCGCGCGAAACAGCGGCGGCGGCGGCGCACGCGCAGCCCUCAGAGCCUGGCCUACCACGUCAGCGGAUGCGGCGCCUCGUCAAGGCGAACCGAGAAGAACACGGGGAACCGCGAGCGGCAAGAUGGAAGAAGGAAAGCGAGACGGGAACACGCGCGUGGGGGCAGGUAG